AUGGCUCCAAGUUUCAACCCUUCAAAUUCAUUAUAUGACUUUGUUGUAAAAGAUGGGAAUGGGGUGAAAGGUUUGGUAGACUCAGGUUUAUCAGAGGUGCCAGAGAGGUACAUACAACCCCCACAUGAACGAAUCAAUAAGCGAGAUUCGAGGCCACAUGAUGUGCCACCUAUUGAUUUGUCAAAGCUCAAUGGUCCUGAGCAUGACAUGGUGGUGGAUGAGAUUGUUAGAGCAGCUGAGACUCUUGGUUUCUUUCAGGUAAUCAACCAUUGUGUUCCUGUGGAGUUAUUGGAAUCACUUAAAGAUGCAGCACACGCAUUCUUCAACUUGCCACCAGAGAAUAAAGCUGUUUACUGCACAGGGGUGAGCCCAAGCCCAAAGAUAAAAUAUGGGACUAGCUUUGUUCCUGAGAAAGAGAAGGCCUUGGAAUGGAAGGACUAUAUCAGUAUGGUAUAUAGCAGUGAUGAAGAGGCUCUUCAAUAUUGGCCUAAUCAGUGCAAGGAAGUUGCACUUGAUUAUUUGAGGUUAUCGUCCAAGAUGGCUAGAGACAUCCUGAAAACCUUGAUAGGUAAGCUUGGAGUGGAACUAGAUGACUCAAAAAUUGAGGGUCUUCUUGGUAUGAGGAUGGUUAACAUGAACUACUACCCCACAUGCCCAAAUCCAGAGCUCACAGUGGGUGUAGGGCGCCAUUCAGACAUGGGAUCUAUCACAGUGCUACUCCAAGAUGGCAUUGGUGGCUUAUAUGUCAAAGUGGAAGAAGACAAUGAUGCUGGAAAAGGAGAGUGGGUGGAAAUUCCACCAAUCCCUGGAGCUUUAGUCAUCAAUAUUGGUGAUACUCUAGAGAUAUUGAGCAAUGGGAAGUAUAAGAGUGCUGAACACCGAGUAAAGACAACGAGCACCCAAUCCAGAGUAUCAAUUCCAGUGUUUACUGUGCCUAUAGUUACAGAGAAGAUUGGCCCAUUACCAGAGGUGAUGAAGAAAGAUGGGUUGGCCCGUUAUAGGGAAGUUGUGUUCCAAGAUUACAUGAACCACUUCUUUGGGAAUUCUCAUGAUGGAAAGAAGUCUCUUGAUUUUGCAAGGAUUUAG